AUGGUGCUCAAGUCGUGGCUGGAUGUGCCUGAGGAUCAUGACUUUUCUAUCGAGAAUCUCCCUUUUGGCAUCUUUUCAACAGCCGACAAUGUGACGCCUCGACCUGGCAUCGCCAUUGGGAGAUUUAUCGUCGAUCUGUCAGCGCUGGUCGAGACAGAGGCAUUCUCAAUGUACUGCACCUGUCAAUUCCCAUAUUCGGUGUUAAAGGAGAGUGCCUUAAAUUCUUUCGCGGCGCUUGGUCGCGAAACAGUCAACGCGGUGCGGAUGUUCGUCAAGUAUCUCCUUGUGGAAAUGACCCCAAUCAUGAGGGACAACAAAGAGUUGCGGCAGAAAUGCAUUAUCGACACUGCUGCGGUCAUGGUCGAGAUGCAUUUGCCCAUGAAGAUUGGGGAUUUCAGCGACUUUUUAAAUUCUCGAACGCAUGCAAAAAACACCCAUUCAACAAGCAGCACGCCAGUAAACAUGUUCAAUCCCCCUCGUGCGUUCACUGGGCGUGCGUCCAGUCUUGUGGUUUCGGGAACGCCCAUUGUGCGACCGCUGGGACAUUUGAUCGACUCGAGUGGUAAAGCAUACGUCGGACCGUCACAACAGAUGGACGUCGAGAUGGAGUUUGCUUUCUUCAUCGGGGAAGGAAUCAAACGCUUUGAACGGGUGUCGAUCGAGGAGGCUGAGAAGCACAUAUUUGGUGUGGUGCUUCUCAACGACUGGUCAACCCGUGAUGUCCAAGCACCUGAGGACCACCCUUUUGCUGCCUUCAACGCCAAAUCCUUCGCCUCGACCAUCAGUCCUUGGGUCGUGUCGAUUGACGCCCUGGAGGCCUACCGCACAAAGGCCCAGCCUCAAGAGCCCUCAGAUCUCUUGCCGUACCUGACCGACAAAAAGGAACUCGGGACCUUUGACAUCUCCAUCCACAUGGAGUGGAGGCUGUCCCCCGAGGAAGAAGUGUUCGCCACAGCCACCAGCAACCUGACCAAUGCGUACUGGAGCUUUGCGCAGAUGCUGACACACCAUGCGUUUGGAGGCUGCGAAAUGAGAACAGGAGACUUGCUUGGAACGGGUACAAUUACUGGAGAGGCAAAUUCCGGAAUCAAUCAGCUCUCUGGUCGAGCGUACACGGAAUGGAACACAGGAAAUCCAGACGCCUGCGGGAAACAAGAGAUUAGUGCCUGUCGGCUCGACCAGGGACCUCCAUGCUACGCCUGCCGUCUGUACGCCCGAGAAUGUAUCAUCAGCGAGAGGCCGCCGCGGAAGAGGCAGAAGUCGACGAGUGAAGCGGGGAGAGCCGCUGCCAGCUCCGCCACCGCUCACGACACGGGUGUCGCCCGACCGCCACACACCGAUGUGCCUAGAUCAUCGAACUGGACGCAGGGAGCCCAGGCUGCAGUAUCUGCCAACAAUGACGUGGAUCUCGCCGUCUUCUCCCCGCAGUCUAAUGGAAGCUCCCAGCAGAUGUCGCCCACGCAUGGGGGAGGCUCCGUGACUUCGCAGGUUUCGGUGGAAUCAGGUCGGCCGACGACAAGACAGGCCGUGGUGGGACGGGAACACGAUGUGCUGACCGAGUCAUUGGACGCAUGGCCGACCAAAACCACCUUCCUCCUCGGAGACACAGGCGAGUCGGACCCCUACCUGCUCCGGCACUUUUCGUCCGAAUAUCUCGACUCGUCGGUGGAUGACAUUGCCAAGGCGACACCGCGACAUAUGCUCCGUGCCUCAGACCCCGACGUCAUGCACAGUCAAGGAAAGCCCUUGGUGGUGUUGAUCGCCGACCAUUCGCUCUACGACCGAGGAGAACCGCGGCUGGACCAGCACGUCCUCGACCAAGCGGCUGACGAAGUCUCCCAGAUGGUCUCGGACGAGACGGGCGUGCGACUGGUCAAACUCUUCUUCCGAUACAUCUACCCGUAUUUCCCCAUCUUGUCCAAGACACGCCUUCUGUACCCGCUGGCCGAACUGCCCGCGCGACUCAAAACCCUCCCACUCUCCCUCAAAGCGGCCAUCUACGCAUCUGCUCUGGCCUUCUUCACCUACGACGACGUGCUCGCAACCACGAUCGUCCAUUCACCCCCAUCGAGCCAGCGAUUGUACCGCAUCGCCUGGGUCGCCGUGACGCACGAAGUGCACACGCCUCACCUGUCCACUUUACAGUCGUGCCUCCUGCUUCUCCAGCGCGUCAAUGACGAUCGGUACGUGAUGGACACGGUAUUCCGGUGGAGUUUGCUCGGCUGGACCGUGGCCCUGGCGCAGAGCUUUGGCUUGUCUACCGACUGCCAGGACUGGACGGGGCUUCCCGAGUGGGAAAAGAGGCUGCGCCGGCGUCUGUGGUGGGCGACAUUCGUCAUGGACAAAUGGGCCUUCAUGUCGGCCGGGCUGACGAGCCACAUCCACGACGACAAUUACGACGUCGCGCCUCUGACGGCGGCCGACUUUAUCUAUUCAGACGAGACAGAUCCAUCUCGACAACCGCAGCACGGCGGUGGUCCCGAGGGGAUCGAACCUCCCCUGUCCCACUUUUACCAUCUGACCCGCCUGACCGCGAUUCUCAGCGACAUCCAGACGGCAUUCUUCACCGUCGCCGCCUCCAAACGCACGGAACGCGACUUUCGGCUGUCGAUCGACCUCGCUAAACCCAUCCGGCGGCGCCUCAAAGAAUGGAAGACGGCCUUCGACAGCUAUCUCGACACCCGCAACCUCCCCAGCCACCAAAGUAAUUCCACCGCCACGCGUUCCCGCUCGUCCGGUCUCGACGGCGACGCAUCCCUGGGCCUCUCCUACCUCGUGACCAACAUCAUCCUGUUCCGCGCGCUCCUGCGGCCCUUGGAAUCCAACCUCCCCUCGUCGUCGUCCUCCUCCUCCUCGUCGGAAGCCGGGCGCGACGCGGUCCGCACCGGCGCCCGGACAUGCUGCGUCGAGGCGGUCGCGUUCGUCGAGUCGCUGCGCCGCAACGUGUGGGACGCCUUCUGGCACUCGUGGUCGCGCGCGGGUUUCGCCAUGCUCUCGUCCAUGAUGAUCCGGCUGCUGAUCACGAGCACGGACGCCGGCGAGGUCGACGACGUCAACGCCCUUAUCCGCCGGUGGCGCUGGGCGCUGCGCACGGGCGGGGGCAGCGCGGGGAACGUCCUGAUGAGUCUGGCGCUCCUGAGGCUCGAUCGGUCGUUGGUCACGCGGGGGAUUCACGAGAGCGACGAGGAGUGA